GGCCAGCGUAGCGCAGGCGCACAGCGGCCCGUCGGUGACGCGCGCGGCUCGGGCGCGGGCCCGCCCUUCAAUGUGUCCCGCGCGAGCAUGAGUGCGCGCACAGCAGCGGCGUCCGGAGAUCCCGGGAAAGGGUCAGUGCGAGCGCUCGGCCGGUGCCCGGCUCCCUGCCCCCGUUAGUUCCCCCUCCCCCAGGCCAUGGAGCAGAGCUGGUUCCCCACUCACCUCAGGGUGACAGUGAUCGGGGCCCGCAACCUGCGGGCCAAGGGUAAGGACGGCCUCAAUGACUGCUACACGGUGAUCCGCCUGGGCAGUGACAAGUACAUGACCUCGGUACAGAGCGGUACCCUGAGCCCCGAGUGGAAGGAGGAGUGUACCCUGCAGCUGCCCUUGGUCCUGGAUAACUCGGACAGAUGGACGCUGCACCUAACGGUCAAACACAACAACAGCCGCCUUCCCGUCGACGCCUUCCUGGGUCACGUGGCGCUGCCCAUCGCCCAGCUGUACGAGGACAAGAGCAGGAGGCGGAGCGAGUGGUAUGAUCUCCAGUCAAAACCAAGCAAAGCGGCAAAGAACAGAGGUCAGCUGCAACUUGCAUUUGAGUUCCUACGUAACAACAUGACAGCAAGUUCAUAUGAGUUAUUCAAGAGAAGACCUCAAUCUGUGUUUGAUAAGUUUAAGGACAAAGUAACUUCAAUAAAGUAUGGAAUGACUCAUGAGAUUUUACCAUCUGAAAAGCCCAGCACUAGCCUCAAGCAUCACAAAAAUGGAAAAAUGUCGAAAUCUCUCAGUUACGCGCAAAUGGACUCCAGGGCUGAAAUGUUAAAUGCACCAGGGAUAGGCACGCAAACUGGAUCUGAGGUUCUCUCUCUCGUUUUCCAUAAACACUCUGGGGAUGAGCAACCUAAGGUACAUCUGAAAAAGGUAGAUGUCCAUACAGACUCUGCAGAUCAAAGCCAGUCAGACAAAAUCGCAACUUUGAAGCUGGAGGAAGCAUCUGUGUUAAAGCUACAUUCCAACAAUGUUGAACAUAAUAUGUUUCCUAAAUGUGCUACUGAAGCUGACAGUUCCUAUGUCUCAGCCACUUACAGCUCUCCACUGGAAAAGACAAAACCCCGCCACUUUGAAGAUAACCCAAGGUUAGCAUCUUUUGUAAUCGCUGGUGGAGGUAAAGAUGUUUCAUUUGAGGGAUGGAAAGUAAAGCCUACAACUUGUUGCACCCAUUGUUUUCAUCAAGCUAAUUCAAAAAGCAGGUGAUAACUUUAACACGUCCUCAUGGCACACUGUUCACACCCCCUUGGGAGUUGCAGCAUCUUUACGAAAGAACACCUCAACAUACCUUUCUUUAGAUAUGUUCAAUAAAGCGAUGGUGCGCACUAUGUCUGUCUUUUUCUUCAUUGAAGCAAAUAUUGAGAUCAGUGCAAAUAUAGAAUAGCAAAGCACAUUGGAACAGCUCUGAAAUCAAUCCAAAGUUGGCACAGUUUGGGAUCUGAUUAAAGUUUGUUUGGAAUUUGUUAGCUUUUCUUAAAGGGGAUCCUCAGAACCAUCUGCUGCCUUAAAAUGUGAAAAAUGUUAUUUGCUUACUCACAAAAUCAUCUGCCAAAUGUUCUAAGCUGCAUGCUGUUGGGUCUUUUAAGAGCAAGCCAGCUCUAAACGGGCUUGUAUAUUUUCACAAUUGAGGGGAUGGUGGGAGAGCAGCAAAAGCACUCUUCCACAUCCCACCACCCCAUGCAUUUUGAUAAAUGGAGUUUGUGUCAAUCACUUUUAAAUUAACUAUUUUAUGCUCAACGCUUUGUGAAAUUGAGGAUCUGCAACUGCACUCAAGUGGUGCUGUUGACAUCCCACUUAGAGUUCUCUUCAGGGAAGAUCACUUCAGAAAAAGUUCAGAAUUGGGCAGUGCAUAGUAGAAACACAUUGGAGGCUUCUGUGCCAUGUGAAAAACUACCACUAUUCUCCAGACUUUCCAAAUUGAGCGUGGUUAGGAACACUUAGCAUGGUUAUGAACACAUCACAUCUGAUGUUUCCAUUUGUGUCAUCAUCACUCCCCAUGGUGAGGUGAAAAUGAUACCCUUUAAAUUAAGAUCAUGUCUGCCUAAGUGUGGCAUGAAGCACCCUGAACAAAAUUCAGUGGUAUAGCGGGAAACCUCUCCACUGAUGGAUCGUAUGUCGUACAAAGAAUAAUACCACAUCAUCCUCCUAGCAGGAAGUCCUAGUUCUGGGUCCUAGGCCCCAUAUGCCUUCAGUUUUUUAAACCUCUGCUUACAUUGUUAGAAAUGGGAGUGGUCAUUGACGAUUACAAUUUUCAGUUCAGCAGCAACUCACCAAGUCCCCUUCAGCAGUACCUUCCACCAUUAUGAUUGUACAGUGCCUUUAAGAGGGAUUUGUUCUCUGCUAUUUCUCUUGGAGAGGUGGUGGCAGAACCUCUGCUUCAGGCACAGAGGGUAAACAUCUCUGAGCUCCCUGUGUGUGUGUGUUUUUGUUAAUAUUUAGACAAAAGCAGCAUGAGUGGAUGGAGUCAUAUUCACGCAGACCUAAGGUGUUAGUUUUGUUUUCAGCUAAAGUUGGGAUUUGAAGCUGAUGGAUACAGCUAUGUCUCUGCUGCAGCAAAACACCUGAGUUCUCCCUGCUCUGCUAGACAGUAACACUGAACAGAACAAUCUCUUCCCAUCCAGGAGAAAGGAAGUGAGGAAAAUCUGUUUUGCUGAAUUUGCCAAGGGUAUGUUUAUGGGAUGCUACUA